AUGGUAAUUGCAUUAUCUGUGAAGAAUAAGUUAGGCUUUAUAGAUGGAUCCAUUUCGCCCCCUGAAAAUUCUAGUGAUAUGCUUAAUGCAUGGAUCCGCAACAAUAACAUGGUAAUUUCAUGGAUUCUCAAUUUGGUGUCAAAGGAAAUAUCAGCAAGCGUGAUAUAUUCUGAUGCCUAUUUCACCAAGCUGAAAACUAUUUGGGAAGAGCUUAGCAACUAUAGGCCUUUAUGUUCGCGUGGCAAAUGUGUAUGUGGUGGAAAUAAAAAGCUCGUAGAACAUUACCAAAUGGAGUAUGUUAUGUCAUUCUUGAUGGGAUUACAUGAGUCCUUUGCUCAAAUAAGAGGUCGACUGCUGCUAAUGGAUCCAAUUCCACCAAUUAAUAAGGUUUUUGCUCUUGUUGCACAAAAGAAGAAUCAAAGGAAAUUGAAUGCUAAUGUUGAUAUUUCCAACAUUAAUGAGUCAAUGGCCUUUCAUGUUAAAAAUGAGCCCAGGAAGUCGACUGCAGGACAACAAAUGAACAAGUUUAAGAAGACGGAGAGACCUAGGUGCACAUACUGUGGAUACACCGGUCACGUUGUUGAUAAAUGUUACAAACUUCAUGGCUUUCCUCCUGGAUAUAAACCUAAGGAAAGGGCUGGAAGAUCAAGUAAUCAAGCCAACUGUGUUGUGGCGGGUUUGAUUUCAGAUUUAGACCAAACACAACAUAAGGUUGGGGAUUUCAUGCAAACAUUGAAUGCUGCUCAAUAUCAACAUUUACUAAGCAUAUUGAAUGAUCAUCUCACUGCUGCAAAGUUUGAAACACAAGAAGAAGCUGUUCCCGAUCAAAUUACAGGUACUUGUCUUUCUAUUUCAUUCAAACCAAUGUUGAAUUCACCCAGAAUUUGGGUAAUUGAUUCUGGAGCUACAAGCCAUAUUUACUCAAGCCUUUAUGCCUUUAACACAAUGAGACCUGUCCAGAAUGCAUCAGUGACUCUCCCCAAUAAUGUAAAAAUUCCUAUCCAAUACAUUGCAAACAUGAAAUUGUCACUUGAAUUUGUUCUUGAAGAUGUACUGUUUGUGCCUCAGUUCAAAUUCAACCUUAUAUCAGUAAGCUCUUUGACAAGAAAGUCCUCAUUGAGCAUUACAUUCCUUACUGAUACGUGUGUUAUUCAGGUUUUGCCAACAAUGAAGAUGAUUGGCAAGGGUGAAAGGGCUGAAGAUCUUUAUAUCAUUGAUACCGGUUGCUUUAAUUCAAUGCACAAUAAUGUUGUUAGUUUUGAUUUUUCAUGUAAUUCUGUACGAUCAUCAGGCAAUAUAAAUAGCCAUAUUUGGCAUCAUAGACUUGGGCAUUUAUCUUUUAAGAAACUAGACAUGAUGAAAGAUUUGUUAAAGUUCGAUGUGAGGAAGAAAGAUUUCCAUAUUCCAUGUCAUGUAUGCCCUUUGGCCAAACAAAGAAGACUUUCAUUCGUCUCUAAUAAUCAUCUGUCUCAUGCUGCCUUUGAUUUAAUUCACUGCGAUGUUUGGGGCCCUUGCAAUGUGGCUACACAUGCUGGUUACAAAUAUUUCUUGACAUUGGUAGAUGAUUGCACGAGAUCUGAUAAUGCUAAGGAGUUGAUGUUCUCAGAUUUUUUUACUACCAAAGGUGUAAUUCAUUAG